AAACGUGGACCAGUUGUCACGGCGGAGUGCUCCCACGCCUUCCACUUUCCCUGUAUAAUUGCCCACGUGAUGAGCCACGCCAGCCUUGCUUGCCCCAUCUGCUUCGCCUCCUGGUGCCACGCGCCCUUCCUCUUCGUGCUCCGUCGUCGAGAAGACGAUACACCAGUUGUCGACAAAGGCGGGGAACAACAGCUAGGGGUGAACAGAGUGGCUGUCAUCGCUGUCGUUGCUAUUGCUGCUGAGGCGGCCCUGCUCUCGGAAGAGCAGAGGCACCGAAGCUACAAGGUGGCUCUCAAGGUGAAAGAGCCAUCGAUAGGAUCCUUCGCCCCUCUCUGUGCCCCGAUUGAUUUGAUGACAGGGGAGAAGCUCCGGAUGUUGAAGCGUGCAAUGCGGCUAGUGGUUUCCUCUUUGGGCCUGGGGGAUCGGCUCUCCAUUGUGGCCUGUUCGGCUGCCACAAGUGCUAAGAGGCUCCUCCCUCUACGACAGAUGUCGAGGCAAGGCCAUCGCACCGUUCGCCAGAUCGUGGAAAGGUUCGUUUUGAAGGAAAUUGAUUAGACAGCCGGUCCACGUUUUCAAAUCCAUCUAUUUUCAUUUUUUUAAACUUAAAUUAUAUGUGUCAUUAUAUUAAUAAUUUAUUAUGAGUCAACAUGCCACGUAAGCAUACUCUAACGUAUGUUAACUCAAACUUGAGGGGAA